UCUCACAUUUUCAUUCGCUAGGGUUCUCAACCAAAAGAAAGAAAAAUGGCGGAAAGAGCACCGAUCGAGUCAGUACAGUGCUUCGGCCGCAAGAAGACGGCGGUGGCGGUAACCUACUGCAAGCGAGGCCGUGGUCUUAUCAAGAUUAACGGCUGUCCUAUCGAGCUUGUUGAGCCCGAGAUCCUCCGUUUCAAGGCCGUCGAGCCAAUCCUACUCCUUGGCCGCCAUCGUUUCGCCGGCGUCGACAUGAGGAUCCGUGUCAAGGGCGGAGGUCACACAUCUCAAAUCUACGCCAUCCGUCAGAGCAUUGCUAAAGCCCUCGUCGCAUUUUACCAGAAGUACGUUGAUGAACAAAGCAAGAAGGAGAUUAAGGAUAUCUUGGUCAGGUACGAUAGGACUUUGCUGGUGGCUGAUCCGAGAAGGUGCGAACCCAAGAAGUUCGGUGGAAGAGGUGCCAGGGCAAGGUUCCAGAAGAGUUACCGUUGAAGAACUUUUCUGGUUUGUUUUGGAAGUUUAGUUUUGUUGUGUUUUAAGGGUGAUAUUAAGUUCGUCUUCAUUAUGAAUUAAGUUUUGUCAAGUUUGUUUGGGUAAAAUUAGCCAUGACUGAACUUUAGAAUUUAAAUGUUUGCGUUGCUUUAAUCU